AUGCAAGCCCGACCACCCGCCUCGUCGACGGGGCUCGACGUCGAGCUCCUUCGCCUCCUCGGGUCGACCGCCCUCCAGUCUCGCCUCGACGCCAUCGUGGGGCCAAAGACGCUCAUCCUCACCCCCAACCUCGCUGGACCUCUCGGCCUCGUCACCGAGGUCGGCCUGCUCAAGAACAAUCAUGCCGUCACCAAGAUGUUCUGGCUCGAGCCGGGCGUCCUCUCGCAGGCAGAGCGCAACAUCGUCUACGUCUGCCGACCCGAGGUCCGCUGGAUGCGCAUCAUCGCCGACCAGGUCCGCACGACCCCGCAGGCCAACCAGCACAACUACCACCUCCUCGUCGCGCCGCGCAUGACGACCCUGUGCACGACCGUCCUGUCCGACUUGGGCGUCCUCGGCUCGAUCGAGGUCCAAGAACUGCAGCUCGGCCUCAUCCCGCUCGAGAAGGACGUCCUCAGUCUUGAGUACGAGGACUCGUGGAAAAAGACGGAGCUCGACGGCGACCACUCGUGCAUCUACGACAUGGCCAAGGCGCUCAUGACGGUGCAGCGAGCGUUUGGCACCAUCCCGCGCAUCAUCGGCAAGGGCGACUCGGCUCAGCGUCUUAUGGAGCUCCUCAAGCGCAUGCAGCGAGAGCAGCCAGCCUCUUACGCGUCGGCCGCACCGCUCGCCAACGGCUACGUCAACUCGAUGAUCGUCAUCGACCGCCAGGUCGACAUGGUGUCGGCAUUCUGCACCCAGUUGACGUACGAGGGUCUAGUCGACGAGGUGGUCGGCAUCAAGCACGCACACGUCGACGUCGACCCGAACCUGCUCAACCCGGGUCCUGCAGCCUCAACCUCGACGCCGUCCCAGUCGACCUUUGGCGGCGCCGGCGCCGGUGCCCCGCCGCCUCGCAAGCGCAAGCACCUCCUCACGUCGACGACCGACCCGCUCUUCGCCGAGCUGCGCGACAAGAACUUUGCCGUCGUCGGCAACGUCCUGAACCGCACGGCGAGGCGCCUCAACGACGACUACGAGAAGCGCCACCAGGCCAAGACGCCCGCCGAGCUGCGGCAGUUUGUCGGCCAGCUUGGAGGACUGCAGAGCGAGCAUCAGGCGUUGAGGCUGCACACCAACUUGACGGAGCAGAUCAUGGCGCUCACGGUCACGGACGAGUUCAACACGGGCCUUGAGGUGCAGCAGAACCUCGUCGCCGGCGUCGACCUCGCGACGCAGGAGAACUCGAUCCGCGACCUCAUCAACCAGGAGGCGCCGCUCAAGACGGUCCUGCGCCUCUUGUGCCUGUACAGCAUCGUGUCGGGCGGCAUCAAGCAGAAGACGCUCGAGGAGUUCAAGCGCGACGUGCUGCAGACCUACGGCUUCGACCACCUCCCCCUCCUCCUCUCGCUCGAGCGCCUGUCGCUCCUCAUGCGUCCUCCUGUCGCCGCCUCUCGCUCCGCCAAACCUCCCUUUGCCCUCGCGCGCAAACCUCUGCGCCUCAUCGUCGACGACGUCGACGAGUCGAACCCGUCCGACAUCAGCUACGUCUUCUCGGGUUACGCGCCGCUCGGCGUCCGGCUCGUCCAGUGCGCGCUCGGCGGCGGGGCGGACGCGGCGAGCGCGGCAGGGGCGGCAGGAUCAGCGAGUGGGCUCAACGGCUGGAGGGGACUCGAAGAGGUCGUCAAGGCGCUGCCGGGCGCGACGUUUGACGAGCGGCAGCCGGCCGACGACGGCGCGAGACGGCGUGCGUCCCCCCCUCUCUCUACUCUGCGCGAGCUGCCGACCACCAUCGUCUGCUUCCUCGGCGGCAUUACUUUCGCCGAGAUCUCGGCGCUCAGGCUCCUCAACCGUCAGAUCCCGACACGUAACCUGCUCGUCUUGACGACCGACACGGUCUCGGGCGGGUCGCUCCUCAACUCGCUCAUGCCCGAGGCGACUUGAGGGUCGACCGGGCCUUUGCAGUUCCCGUAGACGUAGCAACCUGUUGUCAUACUAUGUAGCGCU